AUCUUUUUGUGUGGCAUUCUUUGUCGACGGCGCCCUACAUCAUUACCACGUCGCCCUCAACCCCUUCGCACACGAUAAUUGUAUCUCAAAAAACGCGUUACGACAUGGGUCAACAGAUGGAAAGCCAGAAGAGGAAGAAGGUACUGGUUGUUGGUGCUGGAGCUGCAGGCAUGUCCUGUGCCCACCACCUGGCCGAGCACCCCGACAAGUUCGAUGUCACCAUCAUCGACGCUGUCGACUACUGUGGUGGUCAGGCCUACAGUAUCCCCAUCGACAAGAACAAGUAUGGUGCCAGCUGGCUCAACCAGGGUGUUCAGGGAGGCUCGUACAUCUUUCACCACACCAUGACCAUGUUCGCCCGCCAGGGACACCAUGCUGAUCCCGUCAAGCUCCAGGUCGCCUUCGGAAAAGACGAGCAGUUCUGGACCAACGUCUACUCGACCAUGAUGCUUAAGAAGCACGAAAAAGAGGUCAGACGCUUCUACUACAUGAUCAAGAUGAUCCGUUGGUUCGAGGUCUUCGUCGCCCUCGUACCCAUCAAAUACGUUGUGAAGCUCUUCAUGUUUUCGGAAGAGUUUGCCAACAUUGUUGCUCUGCCUAUGGUCGCCCUGUUCUUGGGCACUGGCAACUACGCCCCCGAGGUCCCCACAAUGGUCCUCGAGAGAUUGUGCACAAGUCCCACCUACGGCAUGUGGUAUCCUCCGGACAAGGCCAGCGUUGCCAGCAACCUGCCUCCCAUGGUUGUUUUCCCAAACUUCAGCGAGUUCUACAGCGAUUGGAAGACCAGUCUUGAGAAGAAAGGUGUCACUGUCCGUCUGUCUACUGAAGUCACUCAAGUCGUUCGCAGAAACAAGGACGGUGUCGAUGUCAAGUUGAUCAAGAGAACGCCUGCCUCGGAUGGCCACACUCAAGACAGCGCCUGGGUACCCAACACAGUCGAAGGUCACAACGGCGAUGCCGAUGCUCAAGAGAAGGAAGAACACUACGACGAGAUUGUCCUCUGCGUCCUCACCGACACUGCUAAGCGCCUCCUCAAGCCCGUCGCUACAUGGAGAGAGAACAAAGUCCUCGGCUCCGCAAAGUUUGCCAACGACAUUACCGUCACUCACUCCGACGCCGACUACAUGCGCAAGCACUACGAGAUGGAGUUCAACGAAGAACAAGCCGUCAAGUCUAUCAACGGAAAGGACCAAUCCGAACGCCUCGACUACGCACGCAAGAACUUCAAGCCCAUGUAUCUGAUCAAGAUGUACCCCAAAGACAUGACCAAGCUUGAAAUGUCCUUCAACUGCUCAAACUAUCAAUCCCAAUUUCCUCCCGACACUCCCCUCGACAAUGCAGUUUUCCAAACCAUCUUCCUCAACAAGGACCGCGAUUCUCACCUCUGGUCUAUUGACGAGAUUGACGAGUCAAAGAUUAUCAGAAAGGAUUGGUGGCAUCAGUUGUGCCACUCCUUCACUCAUUACCUCUUCGUGGUCCCUUGGAUGUGGGCACUAAACGGAAAGAACCACACCCGUUUUGCCGCCGCUUGGACAAUGGUAAACGCCCACGAAGUCGCUUGUAUCUCUGGAACCGCCGCUGCCAUCGAUCUUGGCGCCACAUACCCCGAGGAUCUCGAGCGUGACCAGUUCGCCCUGCUCGCAUUCAGAUUGUACUACCUUCUUGCAUACGGCAAGUGGUAUAGCAGAAAGCACAAGAGCAAGAAUGCCAAGGAGAGUUACUCUACUGGAUUGUAUGGUAGUGUUUACCAGGGUCCUGGUGUCGCGUCUGAGGAGCGUACGUGUUGGAAGAAGGAGGUGGAGAACGGUCGUUCGCUGGAGGACUUCAGCAUGGCCAAGUCUGAUUAGAUGGGCGAUUAAAGAGUGUCUGUCUGUUUGCAGAUGAAGCAUCUUUGAGGAUUUAGUAUAGCGAUUUAUGUACUCGUAACGUAUACCAUAAUACACCCUAUCACACCUUAUGGCGAC